AUGUCUACGAAUAAUCUCAGCUCAUUGAAGCUAACGCGCAGCGAUAAUCCGCCACUCGCUGCCUACACCGACUACUACGCAAACACCAACGGCCGUGCGACGUCGCCUACACCAACGGAUGCUGAUGAGCAAAUUGAGAUGCUGGAUGUUGUCGGCAUGCCAGGCAGUAAUGGUGAAGGCAAUAGUAAGCACAAGAUUGCCAUCGCUAGGAGAAGUAACAGCUUGAAUGGCUGCGGCAGUGCCACCGACGGUAGUCCUCUCGCCAGUGGCGCCGGCAGUCAUAUGGCCAUCACCGAUAUCUCCGUCACACCACCACGCUCCGCAUCGGAACGUAACAGCUCGGAGCGCAGUCUACCGUUGCGUAGCUACAGCAAGUGGUCGCCGACGGAGCAGGGUGCCACCUUGGUUUGGCGCGAUUUGUGUGUCUACACAACGGGCGAUCCGGAUGGCUCGAGCGGUGGCGGCAGCAUGCAUAAUAUGAAGCGCAUCAUUAACAACUCGACAGGCGCGGUGCAGCCGGGCAAUCUGAUGGCGUUAAUGGGUUCCAGUGGCUCUGGUAAAACGACACUGAUGUCAACACUCGCCUUCCGUCAGCCAGCCGGCACUAUUGUUCAGGGUGAUAUCUUAAUAAACGGCCGACGCAUUGGCCCAUUUAUGCAUCGCAUCAGCGGAUAUGUUUAUCAGGAUGAUUUGUUUAUAGACACUUUAACGGUGUUGGAGCAUAUGACAUUUAUGGCACAUCUCCGUCUCGAUCGUCGCGUGAGUCGUUGUGAGCGCAAAGCCAUUAUAAAUGAUUUACUGGAACGCACCGGCCUUCUCUCGGUCGUACACACACGAAUCGGUUCUGGAGAUGAUAAGAAAAUGUUGUCGGGUGGCGAGCGUAAGCGCUUAGCAUUUGCCGUCGAGUUGCUCAAUGAUCCGGUCAUAUUGUUUUGCGAUGAACCCACCACAGGUCUGGACUCAUUCAGCGCACAACAAUUGGUGCAGACACUCUAUGACUUGGCUAAGAAGGGCACUACAAUACUCUGCACCAUUCAUCAGCCCUCCAGUCAGCUCUUCGAUAUGUUCAACAAUGUGCUGUUGUUGGCUGACGGGCGCGUAGCCUUCACAGGCUCGCCACAGAAUGCAUUGAACUUUUUCGCCGAAAACGGCUAUCACUGCCCGGAGGCUUACAACCCAGCUGAUUUCUUGAUUGGUGUUUUGGCUACAGAUCCGGGUUAUGAGCAGGCUUCACAGCGUUCAGCGCAGCAUUUGUGCGAUAUGUUUGCGGUUAGUGGCGCAGCCAAGCAGCGGGAUAUGUUGGUUAAUCUCGAAAUACACAUGGCUCAGACGGGUGAUUAUCCCUUCGAGGCGGAGGUGGAAGCUUUUCGUUCGGCUGCUUGGUACAAGAAAUUCCAUGUGAUUUGGUAUCGUGCCUCGCUAUCGAUGAUGCGUGACCCCACAAUACAGAGAAUGCGGUUUUUCCAAAAAAUGGCAAUGGCUAUUAUUAUAGGCGCCUGCUUUGCUGGUACUACUACAGUUUCCCAGUUGGGUGUGCAAGCGGUACAGGGCGCUCUGUUCGUCAUGAUUUCCGAGAAUACUUAUCAUCCGAUGUAUUCGGUUUUGAAUGUGUUUCCUCAAGGUUUUCCGCUGUUUCUACGUGAAACUCGAUCUGGCAUGUACUCGACGGCUCAAUAUUAUGUGGCGAACAUACUCGCUAUGCUGCCGGGCAUGAUUGUUGAACCGUUACUUUUUGUUAUAAUCUGUUAUUGGAUAUCCGGCUUACGUGCGACAUUCUUUGCCUUCAGCAUAACGGCCAUAUCCGUUGUGUUGGUUAUGAAUGUCGCCACAGCUUGCGGUUGCUUCUUCUCCACAGCAUUCAAUUCGGUGCCAUUGGCGAUGGCAUAUUUGGUGCCUGUGGAUUAUAUUUUCAUGAUAACAUCUGGAAUUUUCAUUAAAAUUAGCACUUUGCCAAUGGCAUUUUACUGGACGCAAUUCCUGUCAUGGAUGUUGUAUGCUAAUGAAGCGAUGACGAUUGCCCAAUGGUCGGGCGUGCAAAAUAUCACCUGCUUCGAGGAGAGCGAGGACUUGCCGUGCUUUCACACCGGUCAGGAUGUGCUGGACAAAUAUAGUUUCAAUGAAGCGCAUCUCUACAGAAAUUUAUUAGCGAUUGUGGCUAUUUACUUUGGCUUUCACAUUUUGGGUUAUUACUGUCUGUGGCGUCGCGCUAAGAAGAUCUAAGGCGACGAGUAGUUUUAUAGGCUGCGCGGGUCAAGGUUGAGAUGCUUGCGGUCGGAGGCGCGUUUCGUGUUCGAGUACACUUUUUAAAUGAAUUUCACCAUUGUUUAAUUAACAAUAACACGCAUACUGACAUACAUACAUAUGCUAUAAUU